GAUGUUGUUCUUCACAAAACUCUGUGGAUGAAGAGGUGGGCUGCGUUCAGGCGCUGGAUUGGCGUAGAUCGAAGGAAACACCCCGGACAAGAGAGCAACCCAGGCUCGUCAGAAUCACAGCUGUCAGAUAGCAGCGAUGCAGACCAGGCGACGGAAGAAGCUGAAGGAUCACAAGAUGCCAAGAUCUACAUCCCCUAUGAGUCAGCCGAGCACUGCAUCACUCAGAUAGCCGAGGACAUGGAGGCUAUGAAGAGACGACACUUGGAAAUGGUGCAAGAGCUGGAAGAGAACUUUCAGAUCACAGCACGAGAGACACAGGAAUGGACCAUGCAGAAGAUCAGAUCUCAAUACCAGAACAAGUUAAACAUUCUGCGGAGGAUCCUGGACCUCUACCAGGAGAAGGUGGAGAAGAAGAACGCUGACUGGGAGAGGAGAGUUGCGGCUUUGACUGCACAGAACGAGCAUCUGCUGGAGGAGCAGAGAGCUGAGAGGAGGAGGAGCAAAGAGGAGACGCUGCAGUGGCACAGAGAAAAGAGCAAAAUGCUGGAACUGUUCUCCAACAGGCUGGACGUCCUGCACAGCCACCAGGCCUCCACACUGCAGGAGCUGCAAAUGGCCAGACAGGAAGUAGGGAAAGUCCAAGAAUUGUUGAUGGUAUCAUCACAGGAGCAGCAGGAGGAAGCAGAGGAAGGUGAAAGCUCAGAGAACAAAGGACAACAACAGACUGUGGAUUGCAGUGAGUCAGAUCUGCCACUGGAGGGGGCUAAAGCCCGUCUAGAGGAGCUGAGGGAGAGUUUGUACCAGAGGGAGAGAGAGAUCACUGAGCUGCUGGAGGCAGAGAAGAGCCAUGUCCCUCCUGUUCCUCCGCCACCCUGCAGUCUUCUGCUUCCCACUGUCAUACACAAGGCGCAUGUAAUCUGCAGUGCAGUGACUGAGACCAGAGCUCUGUUGGACCAGAUGAUUGAGGAGAAUCAGGCUGCUCUGGUUGAAGCCAGACACAAACUAGACCGUCUACAAGCGGCCAAAGAAGACAGUAAUGGCAAAGAGGAUAAGACUUCUGACCAUGAGCGGUCAUAUGAAUAUGAGUCAAGUUUGUCAUUACUACAAGCAAAAGUGAGGGAGUACGAGGUCUCUCAAGUGGCUUUAGACUGCAUCAAAACUGGAGAAAGCUCCGUAACAAAUGAUUGUGACACAGACUCAGAGUUGGAUGACAUCUGGGGACGAGGGACAAUCCGAACCACAGAGGGAGUGAAGAGCGUCAGUCAGCAGCUCCUCUUACUGCAGGAUCAGCUCAAGCAAAUUAAAGAAGAGAAAAAGAAAAUAAUUGAGAACUACACUUCAGAAAGAACAAUGAGGAAGAAGUACUACAAUAUGGUGGAAGAUAUGAAAGGUAAAAUCCGAGUGUUUUGUCGGAUUCGUCCAGUGAGCAGAACUGAGGAUGUGCAGGGUGAGGCCGUUGUUGUGUAUAAAAUAGACGAUUACUCUGUCACCGUGGAAACCCCUCGUGGGCUGAGGGAGUUUCAGUUUGACAAGGUGUUCAGUGCUGAAGUGUCUCAGGAAGACUUGUUUCAUGACACCUACAGACUCAUCCAGUCGGCUAUUGAUGGUUACAACGUCUGUAUCUUUGCGUACGGCCAGACGGGCUCAGGGAAGACCUUCACCAUGGUGGGGGACAAGGAGCAGAAGAAUCCCGGGAUCAUACCGAGAUCUUUUAAUGCCAUAUUUGAUAUCAUACGGGAGAACAGUACCAAAUUCGACUUCAAGGUUUCGGCCUAUAUGCUGGAGCUGUACAAUGACAAGCUGCAGGACCUCUUUGUGAGCCUGGCUGGUGAGGCCCAUGCACAGCCCCAGUCCCAUGGGCAGGCCAGGCGGGUGGAGAUCAAGAGGAACAGAAAGGGAGUUGUGUUCGCCCAAGGAGCAGAGACAAAGGAGGCUUCCAGUGCCCAGGAGCUCUACGCUCUGUUCCAGCAGGCCUGCGCCAACCGACACAUCUCUGCCACCAAGAUGAAUGUGGAGAGUUCCCGCUCCCAUCUCAUUGUUGGAAUCAUGGUGGAGAGCAGGAACCAGACCAAUGGGAGCGUGAUCACCGGGAAGCUGAGCCUCGUGGACCUGGCUGGCAGUGAGAGAGCAGCCAAGACUGGCGCCAAGGACCACCAGCUGAAGGAGGCUAACUCCAUCAACAAGUCUCUGAGUGCCCUGGGUGAUGUGAUCUCCGCCUUGUCUGCUGAACUGUCCCAUGUACCAUACAGGAACAGCAAGCUGACACAGGUGAUGCAGGACUCCCUGGGUGGCAAUGCCAAAACCCUCAUGAUCGUCAACAUUUCUCCUUCAGAGUGCAACCUUGAUGAGACUCUCACAUCUCUCAUUUACGCAACAAGAGUGAAGGCCAUAACCAACAAUGCUCAGAGGAAUGUGGAAAGCAAAGAGAUUGCCCAGCUGAAAGAGGUGAUCAAUAAGCUGAGGUCAGGACAGACAGUGGAAGAGGAGGAUGUUUGAUCUGGACUACACUGCACAUUGUGCACAAUAAUGCACUUAAGUGGUGAAAUGGGAUUGUUUGGACCAUUUCUUGUAU